AUGGACGGCAAUGCUCUCACAAUUGAUGAAAAGCAUCGUGUGAGUGUUGCCGUCCGCAACCUCACCGUGAGUGUCAAAGACCCAAAGUCCAGUUGGAUGCAAAGAAAAUUCAAGCCUUCGACGGUCCCCUUGAAAAGUAUCUUGGACAAUGUGUCAUUUGAUGUGGCUGCUGGCAGCUUUGUGGCAAUCAUGGGGGGUACGGGUAGUGGUAAAACUACAUUGCUCAACACAUUACUGACACGAUUGAACAUACAUCAAACUCUCCAUUUCCAAGGAUCAAUCACAUAUCAAACACAAGAAGCUGACUCGUACAUUCCCAACCUGUACCUAUUACAAACAGACGUCUUCCUUCCAGGAUUAUCAGUGGAAGAGACACUUAGGUUUCAGGCAGAUAUCCGGAUGCCUCCCCAUUUGACCAUGGAUGAAAAGCGAGCUACUGUGGAUUCUCUUUUGGAUGUACUUGAACUAUCUCAUAUGAGAGACACCAGAGUUUCUAAUUAUACGGGCACUACGACAUUGCUGGGUGGUGAACAAAGACGACUCUCAUUGGCGAUACAACUUUUGAAUAGGCCAUCAGUGGUAUUUCUCGACGAACCGACAACGGGACUUGAUGCGUCAAACUCAUUACGAUUGAUUCAAGUUGUCAAGAAGUUAACGGGAACUGAAUACGGUAUGACGGUUUUAUGUGCAAUCCAUCAACCACGGAUUGAAGUCACGAAGAUGUUUGAUCAGGUAUGUGUGUUGGCUAAGGGCGGUCGAUUGGUCUAUAAUGGAACUGUUCCUGAUGCCGAGAAAUAUUUCGGAAGCAUUUCCUGGUUGCAAUCUCGGAAAUCUGCCAACCUCCUCGAUUAUAUCAUGUCCUUACUGGUUAAGGAUACCAGAUCAAAAGAUUUGGAAAAGGCUACGUCGGUAAGAAUUGAUCGUUUGGUCGCCCACUGGAAAGAAGUGAUGCCAUUUCAACAAGAGAUCCCUCUGGAGAAGGAUUCCAGGGAAGGGUUUGAGGCAAUUAUUAAAGUUUUCACUCGGCCCCACCUGACAAGGCACAGCUUCAUGAAUGAACUAAAAGUUCUCACACACAGGUCGUUCAUUUUAUGUCUCCGCGACCGAAUGUCACUUUUAUCGUUUCUUGGUGGUAUUAUUGUCUUGGGUUGCGGAUUUGGUUGGUUGUUUUUCCGACCUCACCAUGAUGUGGCAGGAAUUAGAUCAUUCCUGGGAGCUCUAUAUACCACCUUGCAAGUUAUUGGAUUCACACCCAUGUUCGUUGAACUUGAACGAAUAUGGGGUGCGGAUGGACAGAACUUUUUCCGUGAGUAUAAGGAUAAUUGUGUCUCGGUACCAGGAUUCGUAUUCUCACGUCGCUUGGGGAGAUUGUUGUUAGAGGAUAUUCCAAUCACAUUGAUCUGGACAAUUUUGACCUAUUUCAUGUGGGGUUUGCGAGGUGGCGUUGGCCACUUCUUCAUUUACUAUUUAUUAACGUUUCUCACAGAAGUUUCGGGUAUGGUAUUGGCGUUGUUCUGUUUUGGGGUGGGUCCUGAGUUUGCUGUACUGGCUCUCAUUCUUAACGUGUACUAUCAAGUUCAGAACAGUUCAUGUGGUUUUUUCGUCAAUUCUAGAACAAUGCCAGUUUACGUCCGGUGGCUCAAGUAUUGUGCCUAUUUCUGGUACACCUAUGGCGCGAUGAUUUGGAAUCAAUUUCAUAAUUGGAUGGGUGACUGUCCUUCGGACCUCACUGAUUGCUCAGCAUAUUCCGGAGAUUCUCGAAUCCAGAUUCUAGGCUUCCCCAAAAACUUUUUGUGGCAGCAAGUUGGAAUUUGCAUAGCGUGGAUCAUACUCUAUGCAAUUUUGGCAGUGCUUUCUUUGAGGUACAUCAAGAAUUAUGAUAUAUCUAUGGCAAGUACGAAAAAGAAUCGAUAUGGUGAUGAGGAAGAUGAGCGGAAGUUUGUCAGGCCCUCAAAAAGCCGGGAGGACGAGAAAGACUUACACGAAUUUGCCGAAUCUAAUCAAUCUUCGAGUGCAAUUGACGGAAUCUCGAUCUCCUUGAAGAAUACCAACCUCGAAGCUUGGAAAUCAAAUUUGAUUACUUUGGUGCACAAAACCAAUUCAAAACUACUCUUGAGAGAUUUCAGCGCGUCUUUUGAAGCCAAUAAGUUGAAUGUUAUAAUGGGACCUCUGGGUCUGGGGAAAACUACCUUAUUGAACUACUUGUCACACAGACUCCCUCGAAGUACUCGUUUUCAAGCUCAGGGAUCGAUAUUUCUUAAUUCCACCGAAGUUACAUCGAAGCAGUUAGGCUCCGUAUCGGCUUAUGUUACGCAGCAUGACAACACAUUGAUUCCUGCUUUGACAGUAAGGGAGACGCUCCACUUUCAAGCAAAGCUCAGGCUUCCUCCAGAGGAGAUACCCCGGCUAAAUCCUAUUGUUAAUGGCCUUCUACGUCAGAUGGGCCUUCUAGAUUGUGCUGAUACAGUGAUUGGAAAUGAUGUUAUCAAAGGAGUUUCCGGCGGCGAGAAGCGCCGGGUGCUGAUAGCGGUGCAACUUCUCAAUCGACCAAGGAUUUUAUUCCUCGAUGAACCGACCCUGGGUCUUGAUCUGACAACUGCUUAUUCAAUUCUAUCCUUGCUUCAUCAGUUGGGUUCUGAAGGCCAAACUACUGUCGUGUUGACAAUCCAUCAGCCGAGUGAGGAAAUGCUCCAUUUCUUCGAUAAGAUAUUGCUACUAGGCAAAUAUGGUCGAGUUGUAUACAACGGCAAGGUUGAAUCAAUGUCAGAACAUUUCACUAAUUGUGGAUAUCCGAUACAUCAUCAUACAAACGUGGCAGACUUCAUUAUGGAUUUGGUUCUGCGAGGCUAUGGUGAGAGUGUCGAAGUAUCUGAGGCUCGAAUUAAUCAUCUCGUGCAAGUUUGGUCAUCAACAAACAACGAGACUACUGCACCUUGUGGACCUUCAGUGAAUUUAAGCCAGUUGCGUCGAUCAAAAGCAUCGUUUUGGAAUGUCUUGGUAACUAUCACUUCACGACAGACAUUGGCUACCUUUCGCACACCUGAUGUAUUGUUCACAAGAGGGUUUCAGGGCGUGGCAUUGGCGGUGUUUUAUACACUCUUUUUUGCCCCAUUGAGGAACGGUGCAGAGGGUGUCGACAACCGAUUGGGAUUGAUCCAAUCACUUUUGAACAUAUACUUCGUCGGACUUCUUAACAACAUAUCACUUUAUCCCAUGGAGCGCGGUAUCUUUUACCAAGAGUAUAAGGAUGGGAUAUAUGGGCUGGUGCAGUACAAUUUGUCGUACAUUUUCAAUGAGAUUCCGUUUGAGGUGUUUCAAUGCAUAUUGUUCCUGGUGCUUUGUGUGUUCGGUAUUGGUAUGCCUCGUACGGCGUCGAUGUUUUUUGUCAAUUUCUACACAAUGUUUGCUGCAGUUAAUUGUGGUGAGCUGGUAGGUAUUAUGUGGAAUCUGGUUUUCGACCACUUAGGGUUUGCGACAAACUUGAUGUCUAUGUGCAUUCUCUUUGCAGUGUUUAUGGGAGGAACAAUGUCCAUGCAAUUACCGGGCUUCUUCAGGGGCAUCAAUUGGAUUAACCCCAUGAAGUAUGUUGUACGACUGAACGCUAAUUUGAUAUUCAAAAACGAGACUUUCCAUUGUGGCUCAGAGAGUUGUGUAUUCGACUAUGGUUAUCAGGUUCUUGAUUACUUCAAGCUCAAUGGCUCUCUUGGUCUCAACUUGUUGGGGGUGACGAUUUGUAUGGUGGCUUACCGACUCGUGGCAAUUGGACUUUGUAUAAUCAAGGUUAGGUAUUUCAUCUAA